AUGCCUAGCCAACAAGUAACCCUUACUCAAGAAGGUCCUUUAUUUAUUUUAUCAAUGAAAAAUGGUAAAAAUCGUUUCACCACUAAUUUUAUUAAUGAAAUAAAUGCUAUUUUGGAUGAAAUUGAAAACAUUAUUAAACUUGAAAAUUCUAAACAUUCUGCUCUUAUUACGAUUGGUGAAGGAAAGUUUUAUAGUAAUGGUUUAGACUUAGAGCACGCAUUAAGCACUCACGGGUUUUUUGAUAAUUAUUAUUUAAAAUUAUUGGUCAGAGUUUUGACCUUUCCAAUUCCAAUUGUUGCUGCAAUCAAUGGACACACUUUUGCUGGAGGUUUUAUGUUUGCUCUAGCACACA